UCCUGGUUGGAAUGAUUGCAAACGAGUCGUGAAAAUUAUAACGAAAUUCGUGCAUGAAUUAGUCUACGAUCGAAUCAUGGCGUAUGUUAAUGUAGCCGAUUGGGAGACAGGUCAGGUGUGCGAGUGGUUAAAAGGGUUAGAUAACACUGUAUUUCCUUAUGUUCAUAGUUUUUUAAAUCAUGCUAUUAAUGGACAACAAUUAUUGAGCUUACAACCAAAUGAUUUAGAACAAUUAGGUGUUCUAAAACUUGGUCAUCAAGAAAUUAUUCUUGAAGCUGUAGAAUAUCUAAGAAGUUUACAUUAUGAGUUGGAUACUGAAAAUCUACAGCUGCUAGCAUUACGAAUUUCAAGUCAAGCACAUAGCUUGUAUAAACAGUUAUGUCGUCAAACUGAUUCGAAACCUGUUACUACUCAAACAUUAUCAGAUGUAGCAUCACUUAUGAUGGCGGUAAAACCUUUAGUAAGGUGGAUGGAUCGUCCUCCAUUUAAUGGAGAAAUAGGCUAUCAUGAAAAGAAGGCUGAAUUAAUGAAAAUAUCUUUAGAAAUGGCUACAUGUGCUCAAAGAGACAGAUUUGCUGAAAAGCCAAUUGAAGAAAUUAGAACAACUUGUAAUCAAUUAGCACAAUUGGCAGAUUAUAUUAUUCAAGAUAUCACUGAUCCUAUGAUAUUACAGCCUGCGAGUUUAGAUUUAGCAACAUUGAAAAAGAAAUCUAACGAUGAUUUGGGUUUUUGUAUUUUACCAUCGUUUUAUGGAGUACAUCAGAUAACUGAAAUUAAACUUGGAUCCGCAGCGCAUCUCUCUGGCAAAAUGGAGGAAGGAGAUGAAAUAAUUCAAGUAAACUAUCAAACAGUAGUUGGUUGGGAGAGAAAGAAUUUGCUUGAGUUAUUUCGUGAAAGCCCAGCAGAAAUACUUUUGACUGUAAAACGUAGACCAAGGCAUACUAAUAUUUAUGGGCAAAUUUAUAUAAAACCAUUUAGACUUCCAAGUAACAAAAGUACCUCUUCCACAAUACGGCAUAAUCUUCCACCUCCUAGACCAGAAUUAUUAACAACACCUGACUAUUCAUUAUCUGGAAUACCAAAGAAACCCAGCCCAGAGUCAACAAGUAUUUUAGAUGCAAUUAAAAUGUUGGAUACAAUGACUAUAGAUAGUAGCGAUUCUGACUGUGAAGCAGAAUCGCAAUUUUAUCCUACAAAACCAAGAAACUUAGUCCAAAGACGAGCUACGAUAACAGGUGCCAGUCCCACAACCAAACAUGAUAUCAAUAUUGAACAGUUUUGGAAGGAAUUGAAACAAGAGCAUAGAGCGACUCUUCAGUUGCGUGACAAAGCAGCAUCUUGUGCCCAUGGUUUGGAUGAUGUACCAACGGUAAAUAUACGGCCCCAAACAUGUUUAGGAUUAGAAACAGCGAUAAAGAGGAAAAAGACUGACGAGCAAACGAAUAAAAAAGUACAGUUUAAUGAAAAAUUAACUGAUACUAAAACCAUUCGUGCAGAUGAUACAAAAGAAAAAGUUAUUUUUAUACAAAACUGUGAUGAUGACAAUGCAAACAUUAUAAGUAAAAAUAUUAAUAUAGAACAUUUGGACACCUCUAUGGAUAAUGUCAUUGAUAGCAAUAAUUUAAGUGAUACAAUUGUGCCUUUACAUGAAUAUAAUUCUAUGAACGAUACAUGUAAUAUUAAUGAAAACAUAUCGAAAAAUAAAGAAAUCAAUAUGCGAUACGUUGAAAAACAUGAUAAAUUAAAUGAAAAUUGUAGUGUUUCUGCAUAUAAUUUGUCAGAUACAGAAGAAGUAAAUUUGAUUGAUUAUAGCUUAAACAAUGUACCAAAUAAUAAUUUAACAAAAACUGAUGUUUGUACAAUUAUCGAGAAUAUUAAUGAUUUUAAAAAGUUAAAAAAUGCAAAUGGUAAACAUAAAAAAAUAUCUGUUGAAAAAUGCGACGGUAAUGUUGCUCAAAAAAUCAGUAAUAUCGAAAAGCAGAUUGCACAUGAAAAAACAGAAGAGCAAACAUCUAUCAUAGGACAGUAUAAAACAGAUUUGCAUAAAGAUAAUAGAGGUAUCAUAAAUGGUGAAAGUAUUAAAAAUAGUACAGAGGAAAAAAAUCAAAAUGAUCAUGAAAAUGAUAUAUCAGUUAUAAAUGAUAUAAAACAUGCUGUUGAAAAAUUAAUUACUCAAUGUGAAAAUGUUAUAAGCAAUUAUCCAGGAACUCUCUGUUUGAAUAAUUCGAUAUGUGAAUAUCCUGAGAAUACUGAUUGCAAUAAUUCAGAAAUCUCAAACAGUAAAUGGAAAUGUAGUAACAAUAACAGUAGCAAUAGUAGUAAUAGCAAUAAUAGUGGUGGUGGUAGGAAUGGGGAUGAUAGUAAUGGUAGUAGUAGUAGUGGUGGUAGUAGUAGUAAUAGCACUAAUAGUAGUAAUUAUAGUGGUAGUAGUAGCACCCGUAAUAAUAGUAGUAAUAAUAAUAGCAAUAACAAUAGUAAUAGCAGUAGCAAUAAUAAAAAUAAUAGUGAUUAUGCUGACAGUAGUAGCAAUAAUAAUAUUAGCAACAGUAAUAACAUUGAAAAAGACGAGGUACAAAAAUUUGAUAAAAUUUUGCCAAUCGUUGAUUGUACUUUGACUCAGCAUGCGCCAUUACUCGAAAAGACGUCUUCCUCGGUAUUGUCAAGGGAGAAUUUUUCUGAAAUGAAGACGUCACCUAAUAAUAAUACUAAAUCUAUUAAAGAUAAUCUCCCAAAUAUUAUCCAUAAUGUUUCAAAUAUUCAAAUAGAUACAAAGCAGCAAACUGAAGAGAUAAAAUCUGCAGACUUGCCUUCGGCACAAGCUAUAACACAGCCCUGCCGUUAUAUAGAAUUACCAAAGAUCGAGUCUAUUAAAAAAUUCGAAAAUAAAUCUCAUAUAACACUUCCAGAACCGCCACCUCGUAAAUAUUAUACGAAACAAGCAAUAACUGACUUGAAAUUAAAUAAUGUUUCACAAAGUUUAGAAGAUUUGGAAAAACCUCAAGUUCCAGAGAGACUUGGCAUAAAACAAGAAUGUAAAAAAGUAGAUUUAAGUUCAAAUAUUAAUCACAUUAAAAGCAAUUUGGAUUGUCAAAAUAGAAAGGAUUCUUCAGAUGUGCCUAUGGUUAAUUACACAGAAAAUUCAAUGGAUUUUAUUGGUGAAUUACAAACUAUAAGUUUAAACGAUCAAAAAUUUGAUCGUUUAAACUUAUCUAAUGCUUCAUUAUAUAAUGAAAAUAAUGACAAGCAAUCACGAGAAGAAAAGUGUUCUUUUGAAAAGUAUGAAAAAUUUGUUGAAAAAUUCGUUUGCUCGGAUCAAUCCAUAACAGACUGUUAUAGGUUUGAUCAUUCUCCUCACAAUAUCGAAAGUCCUGACGGUAUAACAUACUCAAAACAAAUAAUAUCGUCAGAUUUAAAGCCAAGAUUAUCAGAGAAGGAUAAAAGUUUUGAGAAAAGUGUUGUUAAUAGAGCUAUGAUGGUAGCUAGAAGUAUUGGCUUACAUGGUAGUUUAAAUAAAUCUAAUAGCAGUCCAAGAAGCAAUAGAAGACGAAAUAUGUUAUUGGCAAGUAAGUACAAUGUAUCCGUAAGAGACGUUGGUACUGGUGAUUUAGAAGGAUGGUUAACAUAUCGUAGUAGAGGAGCAGGUGGCGCAUGGGCAAAGGCCUGGUUUGUAUUAAAGGAUUCAUCUUUGUACAGAUUUAAAACACAUGAUAGUACGAAAGCUGACUGCUUGAUUAUACUAACGGGUUUCACUGUGUCACCGGCUACCGAAAUAAAAUCAAGGAAGCAUUCUUUUAAAGUGUACCAUACAGGGACAGUGUUUUAUUUUGCUACUGAUACCGAAGACUGUUUGAUCUUAUGGCUAGAUGCAGUUAGUAAAGGCACUUUAGGUGCAGACGCUCACAAUCAAAGCAUCGGAUUUUUCAGUGAAACCGACGAAAGCGAUAGCGAAAAUCAGAAAAGUAAACUGAAAUAUACACCGGAAUCUUCUAAAUCAAAUGUGGAGAAAUCGUUUGGUUUAAAAAAGACAGUACGCAAGGAUGUUGAAUCCUUUAAAGAUCAUGAAAUUAGUGGUGCAAGCUUGGAUCGAAAAUACUUAAAAUUUCUUAGUGCCAGAAAUCAGAAUAUACCUGUUCCAACGGCGCAAUUUAGAAGUUACAGACGAGUACUUCCUAUGUCAAUACCGAAUAAAAAAGAGAAUUACAAUUCAAAUUCUCCAGAUGUACAAAUGACAAUUGCGGGUAGUACAUUCUAUGGAUUGAAUAUUUCUCAGAAUGCUACAGAUAUAUCCAACAAUCCGGAUAUGAGUGAUUACCGAUAUACUAUAGAUAGAGCUAUAAGUAGUCAUAGUAAAAGACCAGAUAAUCUCCAAAGUUUUAUCACACAAGAAUACAUGACAUCGCAACAAGAUGAGGAAUUACAAAAUACUACAAAUAGAUCUCCGCGCGCAACGCCUUCGCUCAAUGAUCACGUGCAUAAGAACUUGAAUGAUAAUGCUACAUAUAGCGAGCAAAUCAAACAAUUAAGUAACACAAUUUCAAACGAUGUUGGCGAUAUUUAUAGCAAGACCGGUGAUAAAAUACCAAACAACAAUAUUACGUAUGCCAUCUCAAAGAACACAAGUGCACAUAUGCACAUGCCUCGUGAAUUCAGCAAGGAUAAUUUUGCCAGUAUCGGAUCUGAGAACGAAGGAAAUUGUAUAAAUGAUAAAUCUUAUGAUAGGUAUUUGACAGCCGGAAGACAGAAAAAGGAUUCAUCAAUUUCACAAAAGAGAAGAAUACAGAAGUUUAUGAAUGUUCAGGAACCAAGACAUAGUGAUUCGUUUCAUAGGAAAAAUGUGAUAAAUCCAAAUGAACAAAAUUCUCCAAAUCAAAGUGCAGAACAUAAUAUCCAUAUACAGUUCUCCAAUCACGAAAACUACAAGAUGCAUGAUUGUCUUUCAUCGAGAAAUAUUGGCUAUUCUGGAUCCACUAGCGACCUUGCGAAUACAGCGUCUGAGAUGCAGCAAUGCAUAAAGAAAGAUGUCUCAAUUAAUCGAAAAGGAAGUUUUAAUCGUCACGAUUAUAAUUCUUCCGAUAAAUGGUUGGAUUCGCUAAGACGUGGCGACAAAAAAGGUUCAAACUAUGAUAAAAAUCGUCUGAAGAAUGCUGCACAGUAUCAACCACCACCCAUAUCAACGUCACCUUUUGAGCAAGAAGGAAUGCGUGCUGCAUUCGAAAUGCAUUUAGAUAAAAGCGAUUAUAUACAGAAAACAAGUCGUCUGAAAAAUUUAUUUGGUACUAAACAACAGAAAUCUUGUACCUUGGAUCUUUCUAAGGAUACCCAGAAAACUGCGUUAGAAACAGGUUCACCGCGGUUGCAUAGAAUGCUAUUUCGGGACAAAUGUUGCUUAAAUCAGUCGCAACAUCGAUUGUCUACUCGUUCCAAUAGUCAAAGUCCCGAUAGUGGUGAAAUCAGACAGUCUCACAGUUUUGUCAAUAGCAGUUCUCCCCAGAUGUUGAAUCAAACCUUCGAUUCAAUUAAUGAUCUGAAUCCGGAUACAUCAACAUCCUUUAACAUAUCAAAACAUGGCACUGGAUAUUUAUCCAAUUAUAAGAACUCUCCAAAUUCUAAUAGAAAUUUGAUUCCUCCGAUAUUUCCAUACAUACCACCACCAACAUCUCCACCACCUGAUUAUACUAGUUUAGAAUAUCCACCGAUAUUCGAACCAGGGACUUAUUCUCUUUCGGAUGCAUCGUUACUACGUAAUCGCAAUAAAAAUAGUCAUAAUGCAGGCCAAUAAUAUAAAACAAGCCAAAUUCAUG